GACUCCAAUUUCUCGAAUUCGUCAUUUGUCAAUCACAUGACAAGUUAGUUGUCUAAGGUGUGAUCAGUUUUUUCAAAAAACACUCUCCAAAAUGCCAGUUUGUGGACCAAAAUUGUCACUUUGUGGCCUGAUCUUGAGCGUUUGGGGCAUCGUGCAAUUGGGGUUGAUGGGGAUUUUCUACCACUUCCAUUCGGUGGCUCUUGCCGAAGACCUUCCCGAGGUCGAGCCCCCAGAACAUGUCAAAGAUCUCGAUAAAUUUUAUAGUGAAAUAGACAGGGGUUUCACACAGAAUGCCUACAACUGCUGGAUUGCAGCUCUGUUAUAUCUUGUAACCCUUGCGAUUUCAGUGCACCAGUUCUGGGCCAACAACCGCUCGUCCUUGAGCGUGUGAAAAUGUUUAAGUAUUGUUGCUCGUUUAUCCGUUUUUAGUGUACAUAUGUUUAAAUUUCACGUAGUUAAUACCUCGUCUUUAAUUUUAUCUGUUAUUUAAUCUCGCGAUUAGUUCAAAUUUUACAACUAUCUUGUGAAUGCUAGUGUAGGAUUAUUAAUUUAAGUUCAAUAAAGUAAUAUUUGGGCACCGCCGUAA